AUGGGAAAUUUUCACCAACCUUCUAUCGGGCGUUCCUGGCUAUGCGACUCGUCAGUCACAAACCGACAAAAAAGGACCACAGCUAAUGUGGAUGUGGCUGUCAACUUACCACCGAGGGUACCUGAAGAACUUUCAGAGCAGCUCAGAAGACAGAUAGUUAGAGGAAUCUCUUUGGAGGCGUUUUUAUCUUCCGUACAAAAAGAUGGACAUCCACUCACAAUAAAUGAUGUUUAUCCAUUUGAGUCAGCAGACAACGGAACAAAUGGAGAGAAGGCUUACAUCAGUGGUGGAGCAAGAUUGGCAUUUCCUGAUGAAUGUUCCCCAAGACCAAUGUCUGUCGCUAUACCACGUGCUGUUAACGAUCCAGCUGGGUUUGUCUACUGGCCGGAAUGUACAAUGAUUGAGAGAUGUGGCGGAUGUUGUCCAUCUGAAAAGUUGGUUUGUGUACCUGAUGAAAAAGAGAUGGCACAAUAUCACGUUCUGCGAGCUGAUGUUAUAGAAGAGGGUUCUCUUUAUUUAGAAUGGGCUGGACCUUUAGCUGUUAAUAUUGAGAGACAUUUGUCAUGCAAGGUCGUCUGUAAACUGAACCCACUUGAUUGUGAACCGUAUCAAAGAUUUAUACCCGAAGAAUGCAUAUGCGUCUGUAAUUACCGAACAGAAUGUACACAGGCCCAAAUCUGGGAUUCUGAUCACUGCGAAUGUAGAUGUCCUGACUAUACCCGUCAAUAUAAUUGUCCAAGAAACACUUUUUUUGAUGAGGAUAGAUGCAGAUGCGUAAUAUCAGAGGAAGCACAAGAGGCCAACAUCGCCAUUGAUCUGGGUCAUGGUAUCAUCCAAUCAGAAGCUGGAAAUCAACCUGAAACCAAUAUUCAGGUUCUCAGACCAGGAGACAUUCCUCCUUUUAAUCAGAUUGAUGAGAUACCUUCAACUGCAGCACCAGCACCAACAACAACAACACCAACACCUACAACAACAACCACAACAACUACAACUACAACCACCAGCCGUCCAGUCGCAGUCAACCCCUGUCGACAUACACGCUGUCCGUUCAACUGGGUUUCGAUUCAACGUAACGGGAGAUGCCUGUGUAGCCCUCGAUAAGUUAGUCUGAAAUGGUUGUGAUUAGACACAGGGCUGGCCAUUUAAUAGUGAAGUUAUAGGCCAACUAGAAAGACAUUCGCCUGAUAUGCUUAAAGAUUUGCUCCCGAAUUUACGUUCAAAUUUUGAAGUACGUUACCAUCCAUCUUACAAUGUAUGUGGUUGUUUUGGAACUGAAUACUAAAAAUUUUAAUGAAAUUUUGGGGACCGACCUUUAAACAUGAAAUAAUGUGACAGAAGAGGCCAGCUUUUGUGUAUUUUUAUUUGUGCCAAAUAUUGUGUGCUUUUUAAUGUACUUUGCGCCGACAUUUAUUUACUGAUAUCCAUUUGGUGAUUUUUCUAUCACUUCUCUUUUGAAAAAAAUGUGACGAUAAUGCGGGCUUUAUCUAAGCUUUGUGAGUAAAUACUACAGUUAGCGAGGUAUAAUAUCUUACAUAGAUGUUCAAAGAUACCCAUUCAUAUCUGGAGUAGUUUUCAACUUAAUUAACAAUUAAAACUGAACAAAUAAAAUUACAGCUCUUGAAUGUUUAUUUUGACCUAAACUACCUCAAAAUAAAAAAAAAUAAUUAUGUUUUGAAUCUUACCCAGAUGUGAAUAAAUGUCUUUGACUAUGCCGUAUCUCUGAUUCCGAGAAGAAACGAUUCGACAAAAAUAAAUGAUACGCCGACCAAUGUAAAAGUUUUUGAAAAUCCAACCGAGGAGCUUCAGGUGGGGCUUCAGGAGGGGUCAGUUGGGACAACCACUGUAUGGUUUAAGAAAUAAACCUAAUGAGGUGUUAAUGCCCUACAAUAUAUAUUUUAGAAUUAUUUACAACACACUGCUAUCUGGUAGAAUUUCUUUUAAAUGUAAUGUAUAUUUAAUUUUAGUAAUAAAUGAUUUAUCAUAAAUAUAAAA